AUGUUGGCACCAACCCUCUGGACUAGCUUGCUGGCCCUCACGGCCACAGCCUCGGCUUCUGCCAUUAGCAGCAACUCCAGCUGCCGCUGCUUCCCUGGAGACGCCUGUUGGCCCUCUCAGAGCGAAUGGGCGCAGUUCAAUAAAACUGUUGACGGUCGCCUCAUCAAGACCAUCCCAUUGGGAAAACCAUGUCAUGCUCCCUACUACAAUGCCUCUGUCUGUGCCUCGCUGAAGGAACAAUGGACGGAGCCUGAGCUUCACUACACCUCCAGCAGCUCCGUCAUGGCCCCAUGGUUCGCCAAUGGCAGCUGUGACCCCUUCCACCCGAUCGACAAGCCCUGCACGAUGGGCAACUACAUCGACUACGCCGUGAACGUCUCCACUCCUGCACACAUCUCGGCGACCCUCCGCUUUGCCGACACCCACAACAUCCGGCUGGUGAUCCGCAACACCGCCCACGACUACAAUGGCAAGUCUACUGGUGCAGGUGGUCUGGGCGUGUGGACACACAACCUGAAGUCCAGGACGCUGAUCGGUAACUACACGGACUCGCACUACACUGGCCCUGCUGUGCGGCUUGGCGCAGGUGUGCAGGGCUUCGAAGCAUACGAGUUCGCUGAUGCCCACGGCUACCAGAUCGUGGGCGGAGAGUGCUCCUCAGUGGGUAUUGCCGGUGGAUACUCGCAGGGUGGUGGCCACUCUGCGCUCUCAUCGCGCUAUGGAAUGGCAGCUGACCAAGUCCUCGCAUGGGAGGUUGUCACCGGAACUGGCGAGUUUGUGACUGCUACCCGUGACAAUGAGUACAAGGAUCUGUACUGGGCACUGAGCGGUGGUGGUGGUGGCACUUACGGUGUUGUUGUGGCCAUGACCUCCAAGCUGCAUACCUCCACCCCUACCUCUGGUCUCAGCUUGACCUUCACCAACUCCAACAUCACUCAGGACACUUUCUUUGAGGCUGUCACCCUGUACCACGCCCUUCUUCCCAGCAUUGUGGACGCUGGUGUCAUGAGCGUUUGGUACUUCACCAACACCUCCUUCUACAUCUCUCCCCUCACCGGACCGGGUGUCCCCGUUGCCACCCUCCGCUCGUUGGUUGCACCCUUCGAAACCGGUCUCACCAAGCUGGGCAUCAACUACACUCUUGAGGCUAAGGAAUUCGACACCUAUCUCGAGGAAUUCAACACCAUGGAGGCCGAGAUCGCCGUCGGCAAGGCCCAGUACGGCGGAUGGCUGAUCCCCCGCGAAGUGGUGGUGCAAAACACCACGGCCUUGACUGAGGCGUACCGCCAGAUUGUCUCUGACGGAGCCACCUUCAUCGGAGUCGGCUUGAACGUCAACCGUUCUAUUGCAGGCGACGUCGACAACGCUGUCCUGCCUGCCUGGCGUGAGGCCCUCAUCGAUACCACUUUGACUACUCCCUGGGAGUGGGAUGCCCGCGCUGAGAUGAUUGUGGAGCAGGACAAGAUGACCUACGACUACAUUCCCCUGCUGGAGGCUCUUGCUCCUAACUCUGGUGCUUAUAUGAACGAGGGCAACUUCCAGCAGCCUAACUGGAAGAAGGCUUUCUAUGGCGUCAACUAUGACCGCUUGUUGCAGGUUAAGAAUAAGUACGAUCCCAACGGACUGUUCUAUGCUCUCAAGGCGGUCGGAUCGGACGCUUGGACGCAGUUGGAGGAUGGACGGUUGUGCCGUGCUUAA